CGUAAACAUUACCGGGACGCGGCUGUUUACAAACACCCCGUGUCUCUCUGCCUUAACGUUGUUAAUUCUGCGCGGAGAAAAAGACAGGAUGGAAGUUGGAAGUGCUCGGCCAUAUUUCUUUGGAGACAUCGGCUGCUGGUCAGAGAGAACAGAGGUGCACAAGGCAGCAUCGCUCGGCCAGGCCUCCCAGCUGCACCACCUCAUCCAAAGCGGAGCUUCAGUCAAUGUCGUGGCGGUGGACUCCAUCACACCACUGCACGAGGCCUGCCUCCGUGGACAGGCCCAGUGUGUCCGGCUGUUGCUGGACGCUGGAGCCCAGGUGGAUGCGAGGAACGUAGAUGGGAGCACCCCGCUGUGUGAUGCCUGUUCGGCUGGUAGUUUGGAGUGUGUGAGGCUCUUGCUGGAGCAUGGUGCCAAGGCCAACCCUACCCUGACCUCCCGCACGGCCUCGCCCCUCCACGAGGCCUGCAUGGGAGGAAACGCAGACUGUGUGAAGCUCCUGAUUACCAUGGGUGCUUGUCUGGAGGCGUACGACCUUUACUACGGGACCCCGCUGCAUGUGGCUUGUGCUAACGAACGCACAGACUGUGUUAAAGUGCUGCUCAAUGCAGGUGCUAAAGUGAAUGCUGCCCGGCUACAUGAGACUCCGCUGCACCAUGCUGCUCAAAACAUGCGAGUUGAGAUGAUAGAGAUACUGGUGGAGUUUGGGGCCAACAUCUACGCCAGAGAUCAGCACGACAGGAAACCUGUUGAUUACACCACGCCAGGCUCUCCCUCUGCAUCAUGCCUACAGUUUUAUGAGACCACUCCUAUGAGUCUGCAGCAGCUCAGCAGGUUGGCAGUGAGGAAAAAGCUGGGCACCAGAGCUCUGAAGGUCAUAGGUCAGCUGAACAUACCAAAACUCAUCAUCAGCUACCUCUGCUAUCAGUGAGUGUUGCCUGGAGGAGGAGUUGGAUCAGUGCUCAAAGAAAGACUGAAGACUCACAGAGCUGCUGCACAAGUCUGAGAAAACACAGCAAAGGUGCCACUUCAGUAGAUAUAAUAACAGUAGACACACAGUUUGGUGACAAGCACAAUGUUCUCACAUGCACUUUAUGCAUUUCAAAAGGGCACUUUCCACCUCAAGACUUGCAAGUAAAGACAGAGAGGAGCUCCUCUAUUGGAGUUGUUUAGGUGCUGCAUUUGCCCGAAUGAAAUUCAUUCAUUGUGUUUACACUCAAGCAAACAAUAUCAAGCAAUAUCAUGUAAGCAAUUAGGAGAGUAAGCAAUUUUCAUUACCAGAACUGGAAUACCUGUCAGUGUGCGGAAUGAUAUGCCUUGUGCCAGGAUCAGACUAUAGCAUCAUAUCAGUUUAAUAAUGCAGUGGUUCCCAAAGUGUGCACUGCGGCACCCAGGUAUUCCUUGAGGACGAGCCAAGGGUGCUGCAGCAUUUGUUAAUUUCCCUUUUAUAUUGAGCAGUUUUAAUAACGUUUCACCGCAUGAAAAAGAAAGAGGCAACAUUAUAUUUAGCAAUUAACAUCAGAAUCACUGUUUUUAAAACCCUGUUAAAUAUGCAGUCCUGCGGCAGCUAAUGACAUGACGACUCACUGUUGCUGGUUGUCAUAGUAAUGAGUUUUUCAAUUGUGCAGCUGUUAGAAAUAGCGACUCAUCACAGCAAGUGAUGGAAAAAUGUGUCACUGUAAAUAAAGCUCAAAAAUGCUGAUAGCCUAGUCCUCAACACAUUCUGAGACGGCCGAAAGAACUAAAUUCAGACUGUACAGUGAAAGCUAUUUGGCUUACAGCUUUACGGACAGGUGGUAGCUGCCUGUGUGGGAUGCCAUGACAAAAACUUUCCUGUGAGGGGGUGUCGUGCUUGAAAAAAGUUUGGGAACCACUGCUAUAAUGGGCUGACCAGACAGACUUGGGGCAUCAGGGAACAAAAAUGAGCUUGGGACACGUCAUUCGCUCGUUUCAUUCCUUGUAGUGUGUCAAAGUGGAGGACAACUGACACGGCAUCUAGGAUGCCUCACAAUGUUCUGAAAAUUCGAAUUUUUCUCUUGCUCAGUUUGACAGCUUCUGUGACGUUGGCCCAUAGGCGCACUGAGCACUCCUCUGCACACAUCUGUAAACAUGACGGAGCAAAAGAAGGAUGAUGUUGUUGGUGAAGUCGGCCCUUGGCAUGUCCUUCCUGAUCAAGUCGUGAAAGACAGUGAGCUAUCAUUGGUGGGGUCCCAUGUGUAGUCCGCCAUGUUUCUUGGCCAAGCCACGGCAAGAAUGUAUGGUUUUUGAUCGCCUAAUCUGACACAGUGACCAUUUUGAGAGGCACAAAUAUCAGCGUAGACUGGUCCCAGCAUUAGUUUGACUUUGCACAAGAAAGAUCACGACUGAGCCAAAUGCAAAGUGGUGUUUUAUACACAAACGAGCAGGGCCAGUAAUGAUGGGAAACAUUUUUGGGGCAACAGUAAAUGUCUUUGAUGUUACCAUUCGCACCCUGUCUACACUUGCUGUGAUUAUUGGCUAUUAGCAAAGUCGGGACACCAAACCUUAAGAACUAUUCUUAAUCUUUUUAUUGAUAUGAAUUGUUUUAUAGUAUGAAUGUAGACAUACUGGUUGGAUUUAGACAUGUAACCUGCUGACAGGAAAUGAGAACCCUAAAAUAGAAAUCAAAACUCCUCAACAGCAGCUUCUUCUAGAAAAAGCUGCGCUCGCCACUACUUCUUUGGUUUCCUUCACUAUAGCAAAGGGGCCAGUGCUGACCCCCUCUUGGGUUGGUAAACAUGAGCACGCUGUGUGAAGAUAAUUUUUAGUUAGGGUUAGUUGUUGCCAAUGGAGGCACCAGUAUGUAAUCUUAACUAUAAAUUGCAGCUAUAAAAGUCUUAAAUAGCUUUUAAUGUUGGCCAUUUAAAUAAACAGAAGCAUAACUUGCACUGCAAGAGAAGAGUGUGCUUGUAAUAUAAGAGAUCAUUUUAGAUGGGUAUUUAUUUGAACUAGAGAACAAGUGUCAGAGCUCAGGUAGAGGAAGAAGACAAAUGGCAUAGAUUUUUGGCAACGGAGGCAACAUCAGAAGUGUUUUUGUUUGUGAACUAAAGGUUGCUGGGUUGAAUCCUGGAUAUGCCGGGAAAAUGCCUGCAAGUCACUAAACUCGCAGGUGUACUGUAAAUGCUGAGGAACAGUUCAAAUUUGAAAUGAGACAUUGCGUGUGUGCUCAGGCAACAUUCCCUGGAUAACUAAAGGCUUUUUGAAGUAUCAUCCAGGGGACUACCAAGCAGCGUUGCUCUCACAGCAGCGCUCAGAGUGACACUCUCCAGAUGCUGCUUCACUUCAUCUCAGAUUCCUGUGUUUCACACUCCGCGCCUGGCGACAGCCUUUGUUUGAUACAGACACUGAAGUUUCAAGGAAGCAGGGAUCCUGGCUGCCUAUUUAUAGCUUUGUGUCUGUAGCUCCACUAAAUAGAGAGCACCCAGAGAGCUCAGUGACGUCUUAGUACUUUUAGAUAGGUGCAGAAAGUUGUUAAACAAAGUGCUUUAGUUUGCUUUAUUGGCUCUCUAAGUUGCCCUGACCUAUUUUGGAAGUUUCAGAACUUUUAUUUAUCCGUGCAGGCUGAAUCAGGCCAAACACCCGCUUUAUGACUUUUUUGUUUUUAACUGAACAUAAUUUGCUCCUUGACACCAGAACACUGGAAGAUAAGUUAAAGACAUGGGGUUAGCACAUUACAAGAUGAAUUUGUUUGUGGGUAAACAUGCUUGUUCAAAGGUCAUGUACAUGUUAGUCCACGUGUGAUCUCAUCAGCACGUGAUUGUUUGCACAAAUUACAUUUUGUUGGCAGGUAUAGACACCUCUACCUAAAAGAAGUGAAAUGUUUGAACUUAAAAGGACAAUACCUGUGUUUUUGCCAAUACAUCUCAAUCCAAGGGUAGUCAAGCCCAGGAGAAACCAAAGCACACCACUGUUUAUCUAACUUUAUAUUAAUGUAGUCCUUAUCCGAGUCUGAUGACGCCAUUGCAUAAAAACAUUAGGCAAGGUACAGUGCUCUAUAACUACAGAACCUUCAUUUACACUUUGUUUUUACAUGUUUUAGCCCUUGAACUACAUAGAUAGACAAUUACAUUUUUCAAAGCAUACCAUAUGUUUCUUGGAUUUACAUUUCUUAGAUUCAUUAAUGUGUUUUUCCUAGUUCUGCUCACAUUUAUUGCAGCGUGCAGUGUUAAUCGACUUGCAGUCUUAAAACUUGUUUGAGGAUAUUUCUUCUUCAGUAUUUUAGAUUUUGUGAAAGUUACAUUUUGUGAAAUUCUUAUUAUCAUUAGAACCCCACCCUAUCUAUCUAUCUAUCUAUCUAUCUAUCUAUCUAUCUAUCUAUCUAUCUAUCUAUCUAUCUAUCUAUCUAUCUAUCUAUCUAUCUAUCUAUCUAUCUAUCUAUCUAUCUGUCUAUCUAUCUGUCUGUCUGUCUGUCUGUCUGUCUGUCUGUCUGUCUGUCUCUCUACCUACCUACCCACCCACACACACACACACACACACACACACACAGACUCAAAGUAGCAGGCUCUGUCUUUCCUCUCAUAAGCCUGAAGCUUGCAGGUGUGUUUACCGAGCAUGUAAUUUAUAUGCUUAGCUCUGAUAGGACCGUAAUUUUCUCCUGUUGCUUCUAUGUUGAUGCACAACAAAGCAGUUCAUUUCCAGAGCGUAUGUAUAAACACUUUCUAAUGUGGUCAGACAACACAUCUUAUGAACUAGUUCUGCUCUGUUUGUAAUUAUUUUUGGCAUUUUUUUGCCUUUAUUGGAUAGUCAGCAGUAUAGAAAUAACUGGAAAUGAGAGGAGAGAGAGAUAGAGAAUGACAUGCAACAAAGAUCCCCGGCUGGCCGCAAACCAGAAAGGUUGUGGAUUUUCAUAGCGAAUUAAAAUCAGUGGAAAAUAUUUUCCCAACAAAUCUUAUGGUGUGUUUUCAAGAUAUUUGGAGUAAUGUACAGUGUACAGUAUGUCAUGUAGUAAAUGGGGUAAAACAUGCAAAAACACUGGUAUAGUCCUUUAGUUCUAGCCCUUAAUCAGAAUUACAAACCGCAAACUCACAGUGUACAAAUAAUGUAUCCACAAAAAGCAGAACACCGUCCACGUGCAGUUUAUCAUCACCCUUCGGAUUUUCUGGGUGUUUAAGUUCACAAUUUUCAAAGCUUUUGCUUCUGCUUCUACACUUACCUUGUGCAUCUUUAAUGAGCAAGAGGCCAUCUGUCAGCUCUCAUGGAGGUCUGCACCUGUUUGUUUUACUGUUUGUCUGACAGAUCUUUACAAAGCAUUCAAAAGCAAUAUUUCAUGCUUUCAGACCCCCAUCCAAAUCUCUCAAUUCACUCCCCUUAUUUGGCUCUCUCCCUAAACGUGCCCGGGCUGCACGAUGCUGGCCUGAAUAUGGAACUUGUCUGCUGCACUCCAUAAAUGUGCCAAGCUGUUGCAGUUUAUUAAAUCAAAAUAUAAAUUCCUAGAAACUAAUCUUCCAUCAUUACAAGAUAUUUUGACAUUUUUUAAUGUUACAAAUAUGCAGUCUGGUUUAUUAUAAUCUUAGCCUGUAAAUAGUCUUGAAGCAUAGAUCUCUCCUUCGCAUGGAGCGUUCCCUUUAAGACUUGUUAAAAUAUCUGACCCUGGUACAGAUGGGGUUUCUGUUUAUGGCUUAAAAUAACCACUUAAAAACAUGCUUGGUUUCAAAGCACUUUAAGUCUGCUGAAGGAACUGGAAAAAGCAGGAGAGGAGGGCAGGCAUGCAGGGAAUGUCCAGUUAUCUAAGAUGAGAAAUUUGUUUUGAAACUUUCUUCCUGGUUCAUCACAGUAAACAGCACUGGCAGUUCUCUCGGUUUAAGUGUUGUCUUUUAAAGUGAAUACGUUCAGGUUUAAUCUGCUCCAAUGUUCAAAACACUGAUUUAUCUGUUUGAGGUGCUGAUGAGUCAUCUCACAAAAAUGUGUCAUAAAUAUUUAUCUUAUUAAACUGUACAGAAGUGUUGCUCUGAAUAUGAUGAAUAUGUUGAUUUAUUGAAUAAAUUGUACUGUUGA